CAAAUCGCUGCGAUUCCCAAAUUAGGAACCCUAGACAGGCGACGGCGGAGGCAGACGGCUGUGGUAGCAGUUAGGUGAGUCCUCGUCAGCGUCGUCGGGUUGAAUAGUUGUCCGCCGGCGGGAUCUGGGUUUUUUCCCUGUGAUCUUCAGCAACAUGGAAGGCGCCGGCGGUGAUAAGCGCGAUGGAGAGGAGGAAUGGAAGGCCACGGCCAUUUUGGAUCAAAGAAAAGCGCUGAGGUAGAUGAGCUCUCAGAAUGUGAUUUUGGGCUGCCGAAAUACAAGUUUGAUGCCCAGUUUAAUGGGGUGGAGCAGAAUGCUGAGAAGUGCGGCCAUGUAAUAAGUCCAGCUCGUCGUGUGGCAACAGAAGGGAACAAUAGAAGAUUUUUGGGAUGCCCAUAUGAGUGGAUUGAUCCAGAAUGGAAGGGAAGGGAAAAGAUUGUAAUUUUUUAUCUGGCUCGGAAGAACAAGGAGUUGGAGAAUCAAGUUGAGGAGAGGGAAGCAGAGAAGCAGUCCAUGAGGGCGAAGCACAAGGUGGAAAAGAAGAUGCUAGCAAGGAUUCACAGGGAGCGACAAGAAUUGGGAUGAUGUGAGCCAAUAUGUUGGCAGUAGGAACAUGAAAGAUGUAAUCUGUGUCAUUAUGUUUGCAUUUUGUAGAUGAUGAAGAGCGAGGUUGA